GUAUAUUCAGCGGGUCACAUCAUCGGCACCUUAAUCUCCCUCCCAGCUUCUCUUCCCCGGACGGCAAGCUAAAGCUACAAAAGUCCCACGCAAGAUCGAUCCCAUCCAUCCCCCACGCAAACAGGAAUCCAGCGCGAGAAACUUUCUACCCCGCCGCCGCUUUCGCUUCCUGCUUGGUCCCGGUUCGACGGAGCAAGCGGGCCCACCAAGAUCGUCUCGGCCCUGUCUGCGAAGGAUUUGAUGACACAUAAAUGACUACUGGAAUGAAGGGUUAUUUGCAAAUCAGAAUAUUGUCUUUUGGUGAUAGAUGCUUAUAACUUCUUUAAAAAUGACUUCUUCGGAUGAUGAGGCAGAGCACCAAUGGAUAGAGAAUGUCAAGUCAGGAGGAGCAGUUCUGUGUCAACCACCUGAAAACUGUCCUAAUGGCUGGGGUACUCCCGCUGGUGACAAAUUUAUGGUCAGAGGUCCAGAUUAUUUUAUAACUAAGGCAAAAAUACCAGGUGGGGAGUAUCUUCUAAAACCUCUUGGCUUUGAUUGGAUCAGAGGCCCAACAAAAAUCUGUGAGGUCCUGAAAAAUAAGAAUCAUCGUGUGAGGAAAGCCAUUGACGAGGAGGUUUCACAUGGUAAUCAGCCUUUUGUCUGGGCUUUCAACCUGCAAUUGCCCAGCAAGGAGAACUACAGUGCGGUAUUCUACUUUGUCUCACCAAAACCUGCACCCGAGGGCUCGCUGAUGGAUCAAUUCUUGAAAGGGGACGAUGCCUUUCGAAAAUCCAGGCUUAAACUGAUAGCGAACGUAGUUAAGGGGCCCUGGAUUGUCAGAACAGCUGUGGGUGAACAAGCCAUCUGCAUACUGGGCAGAGCACUCUCGUGCAAGUAUGUUCAAGGAUCAAACUUCAUCGAAGUCGAUGUCGAUAUCGGAUCUUCUAUAGUUGCAAACGCAAUUGUUCAUCUGGCAUUUGGUUAUGUGACGACACUAACUGUAGAUUUGGCAUUUCUUAUUGAGAGUCAAGCUGAAUCAGAGCUCCCCGAGAGACUUCUUGGAGCUGUAAGGUUCUCUGAGUUAAGUCCGGGUUCAGCUGGUGUGUAUGAAGUGCCAUCUGAAGAGCAGCAGGAAAGUGCUCCCUUUCUGCCUACAAGAUUGUGGCAGGGUUUUUCUCAACUUCUACAAAACCCAGGUAACUCAAGGGAGACACCUCCUAGCUCACAAAAUACUAAUGGGAAUUUGCACGAAGAAGGCGCAGACGAGAAUACUAAUAGAUAUCCUUGAAUAGCUACUAGAGGAGGUCAAUACGGCUUUGAUCUCCCAUCAAAAGGAUACAUAUCUUCAUUGGUUGGGUUAAUAUGUCAGUUCAGCAUUGUGUAAAAUUCUAUUCGUUCUUGCCGUGAUGGCCGAUUUAUAAAUCGGUGUCAGGGUGCAGUUACACAAUCCUGUAAAAAUUUAUGCAUACUGGUCAACAAACAAAUUGCAAUCACUCUGUACAUAUGAACUGAUUUGCCUUUUAUAAUCCAGAAAUUGAAAUGUCGUGUUUGAGCC